AUGGCGGUUGUGUCUGCUAUCAAAGAAGAGCUACUAAGUGAUUUAACAGAGAACUUAGUUCCAAAACUCUUUAGCCACUUGGAGAAGUAUUUAAUAAAGAACAAUGGAGCGGAAGGAUGGCUUCGUAGGAAAUUCGAUGCACCUCUAGGUCAGCUCCCGUAUUUGGAAGUCAAGGGCAAGAAACUUCCCCAGAGCCAAGCUAUAAGCCGAUUUUUAGCUCAUGAGUUUGGAUUGUUUGGUAAGAGCAAGGUAGAAACAGCAACUAUUGAUGCAAUGACGGAAGCUUUACGGGAUUUAGAAAAGCCAUUAACUGACUGGUACCAUGCAAAAGAUGAAACCAAGAAGGCUGAGCUUAAAAAGGAAUUAUACGAACAGAAAGCACCGACACUCCUAAAGAUUCUUGAAAAACAACUCAGCUUAAAUAAUGAAGGAAGUGGCUGGUUUGUUGGCGAGUCGAUUACGUUGGCGGACAUUUCGUUCUUUGAUUGGGUGGGAUGGCUUACAUUUGGAAAUCCAGACGUACUAGCAGAUUAUCCAAAACUGAAAGGCCUGCACGGAAGAGUAAAGGCGUACGAACCUAUUGCUGCCUGGUUAGCCAAGAGGCCAGAGACUGAGUUUUAAUCUAUUGGAUGUUUUGAUGUUUGCUGAAAUAAAGUCUAUUCAAUAUUCAUUUAAAUAAUGACAAUAAAUACAUCAACUGUAGGUAUACUACACUGGAUAUUAACAUUCACAAAUCGACAAGGAAUACGUUUUAGCUAGAAUAUACGGUACAUAAUUCGUUAAAUUUGCAAGUGAAAUAUGUUUAAAAUGAUUUGAUUAUGAAAAGUAACAACUUCUUUCGUCAUUAAUAACAUAAUAAGUACAAGUGGCUUUCAAGAUUCAAGAUUCAGGAAACUUUAUUGUCUGUUAUAUACAUAAUAAUAAUGAAAUCUUUUAAAGCGCCGGUAUCCGUUUAAGGAAAACGCUCAUGGCGCCCCUCCACAAGAAGUCAAAAAUAUGACAGACAAAAGAACAAUGAUGUUUAAGAACCAGAAACAAUUAAAUUAAAUGAGCCGUACUUGGGUCAGCGUCACUCUCUCUUACAUGAAAAUAUACACAUUUUUUAUUAAAAAAAAAUUUUUUUUGGUUUUUUUGGGAAGAUCAAAAAGUUGAAAAGAAGUUACAUAAACACAUUAGGCCUACUCGUUCAAAGCCGAUACAGAUACAAUCUUAAAAAUAAACAUCAAACAGUAAAAGAAGAAUAAAAAAUUCUGAUACCUGAUUUGUUGUAAUUAAUAACAGAGUGUCGAGGAUGUGUAGGAUCUUUCAUUAUAUGCAACUUAACGGCCACAGAUUUUUCAUAAUUAUAUUGAUGAUAUUGGUGUAAGGUCAGUAGUAUUAAUGAUACGUUAGGCGACUUUCCUAGGCCUUUCGAAUUUCUUCUUGUCCUUAACUGUUACCAUAGUAGCUAGAAAUAUUGAAUGAAAUAAUACUUGAAAUAAUACUUUGAUAAAAUAAAACCAAUAUCUGUAAAACCAUUCAAUAAAAAUUUAC